AUGAUAAUAACGUUUGUUAAUCGGACCUUAAAAUUGCAUUUCUACAAUCUUUCGCUUCUUCUUCCUGCUUUGUUGGUCGGACUAGGAAGGGGAAGCCCACUUUGCCGCAUUACUUCCAACAUCUUCAAGAGCCUCGAUCAACGUACCUUUGAACGGUUUACAGAUGGUGUCGUCUUCAAUGAAGUAUUAGAUGGUGAAUUGAGUUUCAGUCCGUGGAAGAUUAAAAUCAAAUCUUCCUUAACCUAUAAGGUCUGUGGAAGGGAGCUUUCAAGUUGUUUCUUUAUCUAUUUGUUGUUAUAUGUGGAUGACAUGCUUACUACUGCUAAAAGCAUGUCAUGGAUUAACAUUCUGAAAAAGCAAUUGAGUGAUGAGUUUAAGAUGAAGGAUUUAGGUGCUGCAAAGAAGAUAUAG